UCUUCCUUUCCUUGCACUGUCAAUUGUUAUUAUUCGAAAUUACACGGUGAAAACACACAAGAAAAGUUUAUAAAAAAGGAAAAUGCCACCGCAAAAGGAACCGUCUGUUUAUGAUUUAGCCUAUCGUGGAAAAACUGCAGCUGUAAAAAUCCUAAUAAAUGAAAAUCAGAAUCUUAAAACUGAAACUGACGAGAAUAAACGAAUGCUAAUUCAUUGGGCUUCAUUAGGAGGACAUGAAGAUCUUGUUAUUUAUUUGCUCUCCAUUGGAUUUCCAGUUGAUCCAGAAGACGAUAUGGGAAUGACGCCUCUAAUUCUCGCAUCUUCCGGAGGUCGUAAAAGUGUCGUGAAAAUUUUGUUAAAAGAAGGUGCUAAUGCGAAUGCAAAAACGCAAGAAGGACAUUCGUCCCUACAAUAUGCUGCUUCGAAAAAUUGGGUUGAAAUUUGUGAAACCCUCCUUGAAAAUGGGGCAAAUAUCAAUAUCACCGAUGUCAGAGGAGCCACACCCCUGCAUAGAGCCGCAUCCAAGGGGAAUAUAAACGUCGUAAAACAUCUUCUCGAACACGAAAAAGAUCUGAAAAUAAAUGCGAAGGACAUUUACGGAAACACUGCGUUACAUUUGGCUUGCGAGGAAGAUCGCCAAGAAGAAGCAAAAUUACUCGUCGCUCACGGUGCCGACGUCUUCUCCGAGAAUAAAGAGAAAAAAACUCCUCUGGAUCUCGCUUCUCUCGGCUUGGUCCGUCAACUGAAAGAAAUACAAAAAAAGUCCGAGUCUACAAAAUAAAAUCAAAACAUAAAUAUUUAUUCAAAAAUAAACAAUUACCUUCAUUUUCAUCAAUUUUCAUAUCAAAUCCACUAUUUGUAUUUUCGACCCAAAUCUUCAAAAAAAAAUGUUUGGAACUUUUUUCUUUCAAAAGAAAAAAAAGAUAGAAAUUUAUUGAGAAAUAAAAGAAUUUUCUAAGAAUUUCA